AUGGACCAUCCCACAACCUACAUUUCCUCCUCCGAACUCCGCAAACACAACUUGCGCAACGACGCGUGGAUCUUAAUCCAUGGCAAAAUCUAUGACGUCUCCUCCUGGCUCCACCGCCAUCCCGACGGUGCCCUCCCGCUUCUCACCGUUGUCGGCACAGACGCCACUAACGCCUUCCUCGCCUUCCACCCGCCCUCCGCCGCCGCCGCCCUUCUCCCUGCAUUCUCCACUGGCCUCCUCCUCUCUGACUACGCCGUCUCUGUCGCCUCCUCCGACUCUAGAAGCUCCGCUCCAAGCUCUCCGAACUCAACCUCUUCGAACACAAGGGCCACACCACCCUCAUCUUGCUCUCCCUCAUCCUCACUCUCCUCCCUCUCUACGUCCGCGGCGUCGUCUUCUGUGUCAUUCACUGCGUCUGUGAAGGUGGGUGACGGAAAUGGAAAAGAGAAGAAAUGGGAGGUGGUGGGUGUGAGGGUGAGUGAGGAAAAUGGAAAAGAAAAGGAGAAGAGGGGAGGGGAGGUGGUGGGUGACGGGAGGUGGUGGGUAACGGAAAUGGAAAAGAGAAAGAGAAGAGAGAGGGGGGUGUGGUGUGUGCUGGAAUGA